UGUGUCGUAACACACGUAAACAGCGUGACACUGUCAUCUGACCUUAAACAAGCAGAGAUCGAUGAUACACAUAGCACCACAAACGCAGGGGAACGCUAAAAAUCAAACAACAGUUGAACUUUUCUUAAGUCAGGUACAUCCGUCAGGUGCAUCCUCAGGUGUGUGGGUGUCCAGUGGAUAAUCUUUAGUUAAUCCACCCAGCAGACGAUUACACAGCUGUGUACACAACUCAAGUGUGUACUGUACACACCUGUUAGUCUAGUCAAGACUAGGUGUCUGGUGACGUUGUCACACCGGAGCAUGUGCCCCUCAUGAGAGGCGGGGCAGGUAUGGAACUGCCAUUGUUUACCUGAAGUAACCUAGCAACCAUCACAAGCGCCGCACCUGUACACGUAACCAUGUCUGGCACCGAAGACCAGUGGAUAGCCAUUCAGGCCAAGACUUUCCUCAACUGGACCAACGAACAGCUCAGCAUAGGCAACAGGUCUAUAGAGAACCUGUCUGUGGAUCUGUGUGAUGGCGUCAAGCUUGUGGCUCUGGUCGAAGCUCUCCAGUUCAAGAAAAUCGGCAAAGUCUACUCCAAGCCGACCAGCCGCAUACAGAUGUUGAACAACGUCUCUCUCGCGCUCAACGCUAUUGCCGCGGACAACGUGAAACUAGUCAAUAUUGGAACAGACGACAUAGUUGGCGGGAACCUGAAGCUGAUCCUCGGUCUGCUGUGGCACCUGAUCAUCCGGUACCAGAUCAGUUCCAGUAAGUCCAAGGCCCCACCCAAACAGCUGAUGCUCACCUGGUUCAAGAACGCCUUGCCUGGCCUGACCAUCACAAACUUUACAUCCAACUGGAGGGAUGGUAUAGCACUACACGCCUUGUUGGAGUACCUAAAGCCUGGGCUGUCACCCAAAUGGGCGGAGCUUUCUCCUAAAGACAGCCUCCAAAAUUGCCGGACAGCGAUGCAGUUAGCCAAGGAGCAUUUGAAUGUUCCGAGAGUCAUUUCCCCUGAAGACUUUUCCAGUCCAGAUUUGGACGAGUUAUCCGCCAUGACGUACCUCUCCUAUUUCAUCCGUAAAAUUUCCCCUGGGUACUACAACACACUCAACUGGGCUUGUAAACAACUCAAAACAACCAACAUCAGCAACCUAACUACUGACUGGAAUGAUGGCUACUACCUGUGUUCACUCGUUCACUCCCUGGGGGGUGAGGUGCCAGGCUGGCCAAACAUCAACAGGAAGGACCAUGUUGCCACUUGCCAGUUAGGUAUUGAAAGCGCCCAGAAGCUGGGCAUUGACCCCAUCCUGACAGCCACAGAUCUCUCUGACCCAAAUGUAGACCACCUGGCCGUCAUGGCCUACCUGUGCAAGUUCCAGAAGAUCACCCCAAGGAAGGACAAGUCUGAGAAAGUUGACGUUGACUGUAAACUUUUGGGUGUGGCUGUGGGAAAUGUUGUACAUUUCCACAUCAACGCAGCAGACGUAGACACACAGGAGUCUAAAGUAAAGACCUGGGUGUCAGGUCCCACAACCUCACCCCCCUGCCAGAUAGCCUGGGCCAACAGGACGGCCACCUGUACCUUCCAGCCUACUGAAAUUGGUUUACAUAAGAUAUUUGUCCAGUAUGACAAUACAGACAUCCGAGGCUGUCCGAUCACAUUCACAGUUCAACAUGACCUAAGCAAGGUCAAGAUCACUGGAUCUCCGAACCCAUGUCGUGUGGGCAAGCCACACACUAUUGAGAUAUUUUGCCAAAAGGAAUUACAAAACUCCCUAGAAAUACGAGUGACAAGUCCCAAUGGGGAGCUGAGCCAUCUCAACACAGACCCCAUUCCUGAAGGGUUAAAAGCAGUUAUAAGACCCUCAAUGCCUGGUACUUGGAGUUAUCAGACCUUAGUUGGAAGUCUAGAGGUCAGCACCGUCAAGUUUUCAGCUUUUGACCCUCUCAAGGCUUGGCUGUCUGGGCCUGAAAAGGGAGUGGUUGGAGAAAGUGUUACCUUCACAGUCAACAAUCGUGAUUGUGGCAAUGAUGACCUGGAAGCAGAAGUAACAACGACAGGAGGCAGGAUACUGGAUGAUGUGCACCUUGUCAAAUCCAAAGAUAUCCACAACAUAACCUUUAACCCCAGGUCUGCUGGGGUUUACAGGGUCAAGGCUUCUAUACGAGGGGAAGUAAUCAAUGGUUCUCCAAAAACUGUUGAGGUGGUUGACCCAGGUCAGAUACUGGUCACAGGGGAAGGUUUGACCAAGGGAACAAAGGGUGUGGAGGCCUACUUUUAUGUCAACAAGCAGGGACUGGAUGGAGAGAUCUCAGUAGUUAUAGAAGUUGAAGGUCAGAAUGUUCCAGCGGCCAGAGAGAAGCAGGCAGCAGAUGAGUUUGGCUACAUGUACAUCCCUCCCAAGGUUGGCUUUUACAAGAUUGAUGUCAGAUGGGAUGGCAAACCUGUAGCAGGUUCGCCCUUCAUGGUCAACAUCACUGACAAAUCACGUGUGAUUUUGCUGGACAACUUGGCUGAGCUGAAGGAUGAAAGUGACCACGUAGCGCUCACCUACAACCAAACAACAACUUUUAAUUUUGACAUUAGUCGGGCUGGACCUGGUCAUUUGACCGCUGAGGUUUUAAGUCCUGAAGGCAAACUGCCAGUCCAUGUUACACAGAGUACAGACAGAGCCACAGUCACUUUUACAGCUAGUCAUGAAGGUGACCACUACAUCCACCUGUACUGGUCGGAGGUGCCACUGGACUACAGCCCCAUACAGGCCUACUGCCCUGGACCUCCUACUGUAGUGGACGCCAGUAAAGUUGUCAUCACAGGAAAAGGGGCUGAAAGUGGCAGGGCUACGGUCACGUCUAAAUUUAUCAUUGAUGGCAAAAAGGCUGGAGCUGGUGUUGCUAAAGUGAAACUGCAAGGUGUGAUGAAUGAGCUUCCUGUCGAUGUUAAACCCCUGAAGUACAACAGGUAUCUGUGCAGCUACACAUCCAAUCUGCCAGGCAGCUUCCUCCUGUAUGUCUACUGGUCAGAUGUAUUGGUGCCUGGCUGUCCUUUCAAAAUCAACAUCACCACCAAAGGGGAUGUCAGGAAGGUCAAGGUUACCGGGGAGGGUCUCAGUGGAGGAAUAUUUGGCAGUGAGCUGAUUGUCUAUGUGGACACAGUGGAGGCUGGGCCAGGGGAGAUAACUGCAGAAUGCCACAGUCACAGACAAAACGCUCUAUGUGAUCUGAUAGAAAACUCUGAUGGCCAGUACAUCUUGAGGAUAACUCCAACAGAAGCAGAAAAACAUGUUCUGCAGAUCAGAUAUGAUGGCAUUCAAGUGCCUGGCAGUCCAUUUAUCCUGAGGGUGGGAGACCCACCUGACCCCAGCAGGGUGCGUGUGUUUGGGCCUGGGAUUGAAGAUGGACACAUUGACAAUUUUCAGUCCAGAUUUCUUGUGGAUACACACGGGGCAGGUGCUGGACAACUGGCUGUCAAGAUUAGAGGACCACGAGGUGGUUUCAGAGUUGACAUGCGAAGAGAAACAAUCAACGAGAGGAUUAUCAACUGCAGGUAUGACCCCAGCGAGGCAGGUGAGUACGCCAUCCACGUCAGGUGGUCAGGUGUGCACGUACCUGGCAGCCCGUUUGUCGUGAAGAUUGUUGAGACCAGAGAACAGCUCAAUCGUCUGAUAGCUGAGCGAGGCUAUAAGCUGCAUGAGGAGCAGCUGGGCUGGAAGGCUGAGAUUUAGCUGACUUUUUGUUGAUUUUAUGUGGGGAUAGGCUGAGAUUUAGCUGAUUUUUUGUUGAUUUUAUGGGGGGGAGAGGGGGGGGAG